CAAUAACCCUACAGUAUUGGCAUGCUGGGCUUUUCUGUUGACCUGUCCGAAGGUCAGUUUUGGGGCCGCUGCUAAUAAGUCUGUGCAGACGAGACAGUAGAGUUUAAUAUGGACAUCGGAUCAGUGAAUUAUCUUCCUUACGAGGACUUUGUGGAUGUUUUUGGUAACGUGGUGGAGAAAUGUCCACUCAUAACGGCCGCAGUAUGGUCCCGCCGUCCCUUCUCGAGCCUUGCUGACCUGGAGGCCAGUAUAAACGACUUCAUCGAUGCCCUCUCCGAAUCAGGUAAAGAGGGAAUCCUCAGAGUUCACCCCGACCUCACGGGUAGAGACCUCCAGAGUGGGACUCUGACCCGGGAGUCGCGAGAGGAACAGGUCCAGGCCGGUUUGGACACACUGACCACGGCCGAGGUCUCUCGCAUGGCCCGGCUGAAUACGGAAUACAAGGAUCACUUCGGUUUCCCCUUCGUGAUCUGCGCGCGGAUGAACAACAAAGCGACCAUCCUGCGGCAGCUCGAGGAGCGGCUCCGGAACGAGCGCACCAUAGAGAGGGCGUGCGCCAUCGAUGAAGUGAAGAAGAUCUGUCACCUCCGUCUGCAGGGGCUCGUGGUACCGGAGACGUCCAACAAGCUCUAACUGACUGACGGGAUGACAUACAGUUUCGUGUGGUCUACCUGCUGAGUUGUAUGUGUUUGAACAGCGCAUCAUAACGGCUGCGUCAUUGUUGUGCGUAAAGGAGUAACUGUGCCUAAAUGUGCUUAAUUGUACCAAGUGCCAAAAUUGAGCAAAAGUUAUUAAAUAACUGCAGAUGUUUCAUUGAUUUUAUUCUGAUUUCAAAUAUUAACUUUAAUUUGAUAAGUCUCAGAUGAUAGCUUAAUAAAGAUUUCAAAGUAUA